UUAUAACAUUUAUUUCGCCACUUUCUGUAAUAACAUGGGCAACAGAAAACAAAACCACGUGCUAAUAACGUGAGUAACUUAUACCUAUGUUUUCAGAUUAAAAUGUAUUGUCCUUUCUGUGGCUUCAAAUGGUCGAAUUUGCCCAGAUUUUGCAGUUCAUGUGGGCGAGAUGUAUCUUUUGUAACUGAGAAAGCCCCUAGAACUGCAAGUGAUGACCUUCAUGGGUCACGCCAGUCUUUGCUCAAAGUGACUGAUACAGGUGCCAUUCCAGCUAGUUCAUCUGUUCUCAACUUCAUGAAAUACAGACAACUAAAAGAAAAUGAAAGGAGGACAUUUUCAAAAAGUAAAAAGAAAUCAAAGAAAACAGUGAGGAUUUCUGUUGGCAUCAUGACCAAGACCAAGAAUGGUUUCAGGCCCAUAAGAGGGAAAAACCUACCUCUACAGGUUGAACCUGAGUGGUCAUUGGAGCAACUUUUGCCAGCUGCCAUAAAAAAACUGAAAGACUUCAAUCGAGACAUGGAAGAUGGAGAAUAUGUCUUGCUAUAUCCUGAUGGCUCUCAGAUAAAAAAUAUACCUGGGACUGACACACCUUUUACCAUUGGGCAAUACAAAGAGGCCAUUGGAAAAGCUUAUCAAAGGAUCACACUGUUCAUCUGCGUGCUUGAGGACUUUUUGUCUAAGAGUCAACCACAACACCAGAAUUAUCUAAGGCAUCAACAUCACAGUCAUCCAAUGUCCAAGCCGAGAGUGCAUCCCAGCAGAUGUCUACCUCAGUGACUGCGUGCAACUCACUGACUCCGUCCACCUCCGUGACUCCAUCCACAAGUGGCUUCUACAAUACAUAUACCAAUAUCUAUGCCCCUGUCAUUAUUGACAGCAGUUCUUCAGAUCUUGAAGAUGAAGAGAAACCACAAGAAAAAGACUGUGAUGGACAAGAUGGACUUACAGCUGGGGACAUAGUAUCAAAUCUAGCACAUCAUCUUAACAGAACGUCCUGUAACAGAUUUAACAUUAACAGGGCCAAUGUCUGGGAUGGUGCUUUUAGAGGUUUUAGGCGUUCCUCAUUUGACCCCACCUGCAGCAUGAUGGUGAAAUUCACUGACGACAUUGGGGCGAUGGAGGAGGCUUUGGAUACUGGGGGGCCUACUCGUGAGUUUUUAACCCUGUUAAUGGAUGCCAUUAAAACAAGGAGAGUUUUUGAAGGCAAAGACAAUGCAAAAUAUCUUUCGUUUAACAGUAAAGCUGCAGAAGACAAUGAAUAUUUCCACAUUGGAAGAAUGAUCGCGGUGUCUAUUGUCCAUGGAGGUCCAGGGCUGUGUUGUCUUUCCCCAAACUUUUUCCUUAACCUUAUUGGUAAAGAAAAGAAAAUAGAGGCCCCAAUUGAGGACAUGCCCGAUGACGAGGUCAGGAAGGCCCUGCUUGAGAUAAAAGAUGCUACAUCACUGAAUGAACUCCGGGAACUUACAGAAAAGCACUCCAGCAUGCUUCAGACAGCAGGCUGCUAUAGAUUCAUGAUGAAUCUGGAGGAUAAGAAAAGAAUAGUUGAUGAAUAUAUGCAGUGGUAUUUUAUCUACCGAAACCAGUUUUCAAUCCAGAGAUUCAGGGAUGGACUAGCAACAUUGGAUUUUUUCAACGCUUUGGAACAGCAUCCUUCACUUUUCUUCUCAUUCAUGUGCUACACUGAGACCAAGCUCACAGCUGAUGCUGUGGAAAAAAUCUUCCAUGUGCAGUUGAGUCAACCUGGAAGCAAUGACCGCAAUGAAGAGGCCAGGGUACUGAGCUACUGGCGAGAUUAUCUGCUUUAUGUGGAAGAAAAAGAAGCUAGUCCAACUUUGAAGGAUGUCCUUAUGUUUGGAACAGGGUUAAAGGAAGUUCCUGCUGGAGAAAUACAGCCACAGCCACAGUUAGUUUUUCAGAAGACCUCACGCUUUCCUGUGGCAAAUGUGUGUGCUAACACAAUUAAAAUCCCAGUCUUACAGAGUUACGAGGAGUUUCAAGAAGCCAUGGAUUACGGCAUCCAAAACUCCCCUGGGUUUGGGCUUCCUUAAUGUAGCACUUCCUUAUGAAGUAGCACUCAGGUUAAUGUUUAUGCGAUUUAAGAUGGUAGGCUAAUAUAAUAAUUACACAGUAACGUUUUUGGUAACCAUGUAGGUUUUAUUUUGAUAAGUGAUUCUUUUUGGAAAGUUAAUACUGUUCUUGUUCUUAGACACAAAACGUCAAGAUUGUUAAACUCAUCUGUUUAUUAACCUGUUUGUAAAAAAAUAAUAAUAAACUACUUUGAAAUGUAUGAAUUUGGUUUUUAGUCCUUUGGGCAUUCACAGAACUCCCGCAUUGACUGUUCCUUUUAAAAACCACAUCAAGCCUACCCAGUAGAUUACAAAAUGACUUAUUGUUUAAAGGAAGGGGAAACACA